AUGUUGACUCUUCGACUGUGUAUCCUCGUCGGCCUGCUGAGCCUGUUGAGCCUCACAGCGGCCCAGUCCCUUGCAGAUGCCCCGCCAUGCGCCAUCAAGUGCUUUGGCCAGGCGCUGGCCCAGCCUGACUAUGCCAGCAAGACGCAGGCGCAGCUGUGUGUUGAUCAAGGGUUCAACAAUGUGGUUGGCGCUUGCGUGCAGCAGGCAUGUACUGUCGUUGAGUCGCUGUCUUUCCUCAACAUCACGAGGACGUCGUGCGGGCUUCCCGAGGCGGACUAUCGUAAUGAAGCCCGGGCGACCAGUCUCGGCAUGUUCACGGUCGCGACUUUCUUCUUCGCGUGUCGACUCGCGGUGAAAGUUCUUAGGUUCUCUCCGUGGAGGAUUGACGACACUUUGAUGACUGUCGCUUAUGCCUUUCUGAUUCCGUUUAUCGUCAUGAUUCAAUACAUGAUUCCUCAAGGAUUAGGUCUAGAUAUCUGGGUUCUCAACGAGAACCAGAUCACUUCCUUUCUCAGACUCUUGCUGGCCGUCCAAACGCACUACAUCUUCAUUCUGGCCGUUAUAAAAGCCUCCAUCCUCUACUUCUUCCUCAGGAUCUUCCCCGACACGAAGUUCAGGAUCGCGGUCUGGGUCACGCUCGCGUACGACCUCUUCGUGGGCUUCAUCUUCAUCGUCCUCAGCUUCGUCCAGAGGCAGCCGACCUGGCUUAUCUGGGAGGGUUGGCGCGACAAGGACCCCCGCGGCGUCGUGCUCGACCUGAACAAGCUGGGUCUGGCUCAUGGGGGAAUGAACAUCGCCCUCGACGUAUGGAUGCUUGUUCUGCCGCUUACGCAGCUGUACAAGCUCAACCUCAAGCUGCGGAAGAAGCUUGGAAUUAUGGCCAUGUUCUGCGUCGGUAUCUUCCUCACUGUUGUGAGCAUCAUCCGCGUCCAUAGCCUAGUGUACUUUGCAACUUCGUCGAAUGCUACUGCUGACGCGCGCGGUACCAUCAUAUGGUCCUGUAUUGAGCUCUGCACUGGCGUGGUGGUGUCGUGCAUGCCCAACGCUCGACAACUUCUGCGAGAGGGCACUCGCCAGUUCAGAGAUAUCACCACAAACUUGACGCAAGGAACUGGCGCCAGCAACCCAGCGUCGCAGCGCGCACUCCACGAACGCUCACUCGAGUUGAGGGUCGCCGUCAACUCGCCCAACGCCACUACGGCACCUGGAAAGGGCGAGUCCAGCAGCCUUACGACGCCUACCACGAGCCACGGUCACUCGAGCUUUGCGAGUGACGCGGACUUGAAAGUAUAG